UCGCGCUGAGCAUCAGGUCAUUGGAUCCUCAGCAAAGCAGAACCUCGGACGGGAGUCGUGACAAGGAGACAUGCAUCUCUCAAAGACAAAGAAAACACAAGCUCUCCCAAAACUGUUUGUAGGCCAAUAAUAUAUAUAUWUUUUUUUGUUGCGUCAAUGAAAAUCAACAGGAUUUACCCACCACAAAGCAAAUGUGUUAUUGUCUUUUUUAUGGAAGUGUAAGGCAGGUUUAGAGAUCAGCUGGAGAAAAAACUAAUGAUGCACAUUCCUCGACAGGGCGGACUAAUGUAAUUGCAUUCCACUGGUAUUGCUGUUAGCACAGGGUCGAGAGGACGCGUGAUCCAUGCGGAUCGGUUAGCUGGGCUGGCUACGACGCACAUCCACUCAACAGGAGACUCGGUCUGGCAGCUGUGUCGAUGUCAAAAUGCGUGUAUUUCUGCUUGCGUUUUUCAUCUCCUGCUCCUGUGCGGGUGGUGGAUGUGAACCUAAGAUUGUCAAUAUCGGAGCGGUCCUGAGCCAGAAGAGAUAUGAACAGGUGUUCAAGGACGCCGUCACCCAGGCAAACACUCUGUAUGGGAAAGAUAAGUUCAAGAUGAACGCCAUCUCUGUCACUCAUAAACCCAAUGCAAUUCAGAUGGCGCUCUCCGUCUGCGAGGACCUCAUCUCGAACCAGGUGUAUGCCAUUCUGGUGAGCCACCCGCCUCAGUCGAAUGACCAUCUGACCCCCACACCCGUGUCCUACACCGCAGGGUUCUACCGUAUCCCUGUGGUUGGGCUCACCACCCGCAUGUCCAUCUAUUCGGACAAGAGCAUCCACCUGUCUUUCUUGCGUACCGUGCCCCCCUACUCCCACCAAGCCCAGGUGUGGUUCGACAUGAUGAGAGAGUUCCGCUGGAACCACAUCAUUCUGAUAGUGAGCGACGACCACGAGGGCCGCGCUGCCCAGAAGAGGCUGGAGACCCUGUUGGAGGAGAGGGAGACCAAGAAUAAAAACAAGAACUAUGAAAACCUCGACCAACUGUCCUAUGACAACAAGCGAGGACCCAAGGCAGAGAAAGUUCUCCUGUUCAGCCAAGACACCAACCUGACAUCCAUGCUGCUGGAGGCCAAGGACCUGGAGGCUCGCGUCAUCAUCCUCUCUGCCAGCGAGGACGAAGCGGCGUCGGUCUACAAAGCUGCGCGCCAGCUCAACAUGACGGGCUCUGGCUACGUGUGGCUGGUUGGAGAGAGGGAGAUGUCUGGUAAAGCUUUGAGUGAAGCACCAGAUGGCUUGCUCGGCCUUCAGCUCAUCAACGGCAAGAACGAGUCGGCGCAUAUCAACGAUGCCGUGGCCGUGGUGGCACAGUCCAUCCAGGAGCUCUUUGAGAAGGAGAACAUCACAGAACCGCCUCGCGGCUGUGUAGGCAACACAAACAUCUGGAGGACUGGACCGCUCUUCAAACGAGUGCUGAUGUCAUCCAAGUACCCAGAUGGCCUGACAGGACGCAUUGAGUUUAAUGACGAUGGUGACAGGCGGUUUGCUACCUAUAGCAUCCUCAACUACCAAAAGACCAGGCUGGUGCAAGUGGGCAUUUUCAAUGGCACCCAAGUGGUGAUGAAUCCGCAGAGGAAGAUCAUUUGGCCAGGAGGAGAGACGGAGAAGCCAAGAGGAUACCAGAUGUCUACCAGACUAAAGAUAGUAACCAUUCAUCAGGAGCCAUUUGUCUAUGUCCAACCCACAACAAGUGAUGGAACUUGCCAAAAAGAAAAAACUGUAAAUGGACUUAAAGAUGUCCAGAAAGUUAUAUGCACUGGCCCCAAUGGAACCAUCCCAGGACAGCCUAUAGUACCCCAAUGCUGCUACGGCUUUUGCAUUGACCUCUUGAUUAAACUAGCGGAUACCAUGAACUUCACCUAUGAGGUUCAUCUGGUGGCUGAUGGGAAGUUUGGUACACAGGAGCGGGUAAACAACAGCAACAAGAAGGAGUGGAAUGGAAUGAUGGGAGAACUCCUGGGUGGCCUGGCAGACAUGAUUGUGGCUCCGCUCACGAUCAACAACGAACGCGCCCAGUACAUCGAGUUCUCAAAACCCUUUAAGUACCAGGGGCUUACCAUCCUCGUGAAAAAGGAAAUACCACGCAGUACUUUGGAUUCGUUCAUGCAGCCCUUUCAGAGCACCCUGUGGCUGCUGGUGGGUCUAUCGGUCCAUGUGGUGGCGGUGAUGCUCUACCUAUUAGACCGGUUCAGCCCAUUUGGAAGGUUUAAAGUGAAUAGUGAAGAAGAAGAAGAGGACGCCCUCACCUUAUCCUCCGCCAUGUGGUUCUCUUGGGGGGUCCUUUUGAACUCCGGGAUAGGAGAAGGAGCACCCCGGAGCUUUUCAGCAAGGAUCUUAGGUAUGGUGUGGGCUGGAUUUGCCAUGAUCAUUGUGGCAUCCUACACAGCCAAUUUGGCAGCCUUCCUAGUGUUGGACCGGCCUGAGGAGCGCAUCACCGGCAUCAAUGACCCCAGGCUGCGAAACCCAUCAGACAAGUUCAUCUACGCCACAGUGAAGCAGAGUUCGGUGGACAUCUACUUCCGGCGCCAAGUGGAGUUGAGCACCAUGUACCGCCACAUGGAGAAGCACAACUACGAAAGCGCUGCUGAGGCCAUCCAAGCUGUGCGCGACAACAAACUGCACGCGUUCAUCUGGGACUCUGCCGUCUUGGAGUUUGAGGCAUCACAGAAGUGUGACUUGGUGACAACGGGAGAGCUGUUCUUCCGCUCCGGCUUCGGCAUAGGCAUGCGGAAGGACAGCCCUUGGAAGCAAAACGUUUCCCUGUCCAUUCUUAGCUCUCAUGAGAAUGGGUUCAUGGAGGAACUAGAUAAAACCUGGGUGAGAUACCAGGAGUGUGACUCCAGAAGCAAUGCCCCAGCCACCCUCACUUUUGAGAACAUGGCAGGUGUGUUCAUGUUGGUUGCUGGGGGUAUCGUCGCUGGAAUCUUCCUCAUCUUUAUUGAGAUUGCGUAUAAGCGCCACAAAGAUGCCCGCAGGAAGCAGAUGCAGCUGGCCUUCGCUGCGGUCAACGUGUGGAGGAAGAACCUACAGGAUAGGAAAAGUGAUAGAGCAGAGCCUGACUCCAAACAGAAAACCUCUUUUAGGUCCAUCAGUACCAACCUGGCCUCCAACAUCAAGAGACGUAGGUCCUCCAAAGACACGCCUUAUCCCACGGACAUCACAGGCCAGCUCAACUUGUCAGACCCCUCUGUCAGCACGGUGGUGUGAGAGAUUGAGAGAGAGAAAUGAGAGGACUGAAAUGAGAGAGAGGAUCCUGGUUUGGAGACAGAAGCUGGUCCAUUGCUGCUACGCCACCUGAGCCAUUGCCCAUCCUGUUCUCUAUCUACACACAUAGAACAUGUGUUCUGCUCAUUCCCCACCAAACACGACAGGCGGGAACUGGAUAGCUGACAUCCCACUGACAAACUGUGCCAAUUCACAAUGGAGCCAAACCACCUGUUUUUUCCCACACAGAGGCCUGACCCAGCACAAUGAUAGCUUUAGGUUUAUUUUUUAUAAUCUGCCUGCUAGAGUCAUGUAGUUGUGUACUUUACGUGUGAAACAACAAGAAAUAUAUACAUUUUCUGAUCAUGUCAUUCGCAAUACAUCGUCAUGCACUGUGUUUCUGAUUUCAAUAAGCGAUAGAUUUAAUAGAUCAUGUUUAAGAGUAUUUUGUGAUGUCAAUGUCUUACUACCUCCACUUAUUUAGACAAACCUUAGACAUGUAGGCUACUGUAGUUAGAUGUAUUUGACAUUGUAUUUUCAUAAGGUUUUCCUGUGUUCCAUUUAUCGACAGGUUUUUGUUAGCUUUAGCUAAUACGAUGUAGUGUGGGGCAAUAACAAUGGACAAGUUGUCAAUUUAUAAAUUAGCAGCAUACAGCUAUGUUAAUAUCUAAAUGUAAAUCCAAGUUAAGCACACUUUGUCCAUUGUAGCACUCAUAUCAGCUGCAAUCCCUUUCUUUAGCUAUAGAUGUCUUUCUUAGCCCCUUUUAUGUGUUCAUUUACUUCAUUCUCUCAGUGGUACAGCAUUGAUUGCGUGGCAGACUAUUCUCAGCAUUCAACAAUACUACAAUGUUUCUGAGCCAAACGUCUUUGGCAUGACAUCGGUGAAGGAGUUGCCAUCAACAGAAAUAGACUGGUAACCACUAGUGCUGUAGGCUAUGUUGUUGUUCAUUCAAGAAAAUUGCUCUCUACAUUUGUCGGUUUGACAGUGUUACAUGGUCAUUAAUGCAAAUCAAUUUAUCAGUCAACAUCAAGUCUCUCUAUAUAGCCUAUAUAGUGCCUUCAGAAAGUAUUCAAAUUGUGUUGUGUUACAGCCUGAAUUCAAAAUUGAUUAACUAUUUCUUU